GCUCCUCCACCUUCCCGACGUCCUUUCGGCCGCUGUCAUGGCGUCGGACGGGGAGACGGUGCGGCGCGUGUGUGAGACGGCCGGUUGUGAGCGGGAGGCGCGGCUCCAGUGUCCCACCUGCAUCAAGCUCGGCAUCCACGGCUCCUUCUUCUGCUCGCAGGAGUGCUUCAAAGGAAGUUGGUCAACUCAUAAGCUGCUUCAUAAGAAAGCCAAAAAUGAAAAGUCUAACGAAGAAUCUUUUAAGUCUGAGAAAGGUGAAAUGAAUACAGAUCCCUGGCCUGGGUAUCGAUACACAGGAAAACUAAGACCGCACUAUCCUUUGACUGCCAUGAGGGCUGUUCCGAGUUAUAUCCAGGGACCUGAUUAUGCUGAUCAUCCAUUAGGUGUUUCUGAAUCCGAACAGUCCUUAAAAGGAACAUCCCAAAUCAAAAUUCUGCCUCCAGAAGACAUAGAAGCAAUGCGUCUAGUAUGUCGACUCGCUCGGGAGGUUCUAGAUGUUGCUUCAAUGAUGGUACGACCUGGAGUCACAACUGAAGAGAUUGAUCGCGCUGUUCACAUGGCGUGCUUGGCAAGAAACUGUUAUCCGUCACCACUCAAUUAUUACAAUUUUCCCAAAUCGUGCUGCACUUCAGUGAAUGAGGUGAUCUGCCACGGAAUCCCUGAUGCACGGCCAGUACAGGAUGGUGAUAUUGUUAACAUUGAUAUUACAGUCUACCGCAAUGGUUUCCAUGGUGAUUUAAACGAGACAUUUUUCGUUGGCGAAGUUGAUGAAGGGUCAAAGAAGUUGGUGCAGACGACGUACGAGUGCCUAAUGCAAGCUAUAGAUGCAGUAAAACCAGGUGUUCGGUACAGGGAACUGGGCAACAUUAUACAGAAGCACGCACACGCCAGCGGCUUCUCAGUAGUUCGAAGCUAUUGUGGGCAUGGGAUCCACCGACUUUUUCACACCGCACCUAAUGUGCCGCAUUACGCUAAAAACAAAGCUGUUGGCGUGAUGAAGCCAGGUCAUGUGUUCACCAUCGAACCAAUGAUUUGUGACGGGGCCUGGCACGAUGAGACGUGGCCCGACAGCUGGACGGCAGUGACCAAGGAUGGCAAGCGUUCUGCACAGUUCGAGCACACACUCCUGGUCACAGACACUGGCUGUGAGAUCUUGACGCGGCGUCUAGAAGACAACGGCAGCCCCUACUUUGCCUCACAGUUGUAGCCCGGCACCUCUGCUGCCGCUCACAGCGGCAUCCCCCCCUCAAUGUCCACACCUCCAGUUUGGCCAAUGCCUUAAGGCACUGACUCAUUUAUUAUUUUUAUUUGUUUCCCUCUGUAGGGAGUGUUGAGCUGCUGUGAAGUGCCGGAUGCCCGGACAGCCUGUUUGCAACAUAUCUUUCCUCAUCCAGAGUGCCUCUGGUGCUAACAUCAGUUCUUACUGCCUGUAUCUUAAAUGUUUCUGAAUGGAAUAAAAUUUGUGGCUCUA